UUCUUGCAAUAAUGCCAUAAAUAAUGAUUACUAUAAAAAUAAAAAGUAGUAAUAAAUGACAAUUGUAAAUAGUUUGUCCGACAGAAAUGUUUCGCCGACGCUCUUCGCAGUCGCGACCGCGCUUCCCGCCCCCCCGCCGUCGAUUGCAAUCCGCGCCAAUCUGCAUAAGUUGAUCUUUUGUCUUUUCAAGCUCCUGCGCUUUCUAGGAUCAAGGAUGUCGAAGCGGCUGAGCUUCUACGGUCUGGUAGCCCUGGCGUCCGUCUGCAUCUUCUUCCUGGCGUUUAACCAGCGCUACAGCAGCUACCUCGAGCACCGACUGCAGCCGAUGAUAUCGACGUACAUUACGGGAUCCGCGGAAAAUGCCACGAUCACCGAAAUUCAGGAGGUGGUUGACCAACAAAGGAAGGCGAUUAAGAAAGAGAUGGAAGAUUAUGAGUAUUCAAACGGAAAAUAUGGGAUAAAUGUGAGCAAACUCGAAGAUUUAGUGAUGGAGAAGGGCGGUAAACCCAUGAGAAGCAUAAUUCUGACGAGCUGGAGAAGCGGCAGCACGUUCCUCGGCGACGUGAUGAACGCGCAUCCGGCCAAUUUCUAUCAUUACGAACCGCUGCUCGACUACGGAAUCGUGCAAAUCCGCGGGUCGCCGCUCGCCGAAGAGUCCUUGACAAGGUUAACCUCUCUGCUGAAUUGCGAAUACAAGGAGCUCGAUCGGUACCUGGAUUACGGGAAGACGCAUCCUUGGCUGUUCAAUCACAACACGCACUUGUGGCGGCAAUGCCUGGCGCAUAAGCGCAUCUGCUGGGAUCCGCGUUUCGUCUCCAAGUUCUGCCGACUCUUUCCGUUCCAGUCGAUGAAGCUCGUGCGGUUGAGGUUGCGUGCGGCAGAGACUCUUUUGGCCGAAGAAGACCUAGGUGUACGACUAGUUCUACUCGUCCGUGAUCCGAGAGGCAUUCUGCAAUCCAGAAAACACAGGGAAUGGUGUCCAGCUAAACCCGACUGCUCGGAUCCGACUCUGGUCUGCGCAGACAUGGUAUCGGACUUCAACGCGGCGGUAGAAUUGUCACAAAAAUACCCACGUUCUUUCAGGGUGGUGCGCUACGAGGAUCUGUCCGUGGAUCCCUACAAGCACGUGAGGGAGCUCUACAAUUUUUACGGUUUGGACUUUCACGUGAACGUGAAGAGGUUCCUGGACACGCACACGAAGAACGACGUGGGCGGCGUGUCGAGCACCUUCCGCAACUCCAAGGUCGCGCCGUUUCACUGGCGGGCCGAUCUGGACUUCGAGGAGGUGCGCGAGAUACAGAGGGCUUGCGCGACCGCCAUGCGACUGUGGGGAUACGUGAUGGCCUUAAAUUCCACCCACCAAAAGGACUUCGAUCCUAUCACAGAUUACCGGCUGCAGUUGUGACGGCUGGCAGACGACAUGCUCAAUGUAGAUAUGAUGUAUAGUUUAUCGGUAUAGCGAACGGCGGCGGUCGGGAGUGCCGUAGUUCAUAUUUAAUAUAUUCAGCGAAAGGUGCUAGGUGGUCACUCAGGACGAUAGCCACGUAAACGGGGUAUAUGAACGUCGAUUUUCCUUCGAAGGGGGGGAAAAAAAACUUACGGAAUUGCCGAAUUUCUAGCUUUGUCGACAAAAAGGCUACUUCUUGAAAAGGAAACGAUAAACGGGGGAAAUGCAUUCGUAAUUUUUGUAUCGUAUGACUGACACGAUCUGAAUCACAGGGUGUAGGAUAAAAUUCCCAAGAGCUUUGACGCGCGACACAAAUUACGUCUAACCAUAUCGACGCAAACAAACGUUGCAGGUGCACUCGAAACGUUUCUAAAUAUUUGUGAAUCUUUCAAGAGAGAGGAAGGGUAUUUUGUGUCUAAUGUAUAAAUCUAUAUUCAUUGAUAUUGAUUGUAAUUGUAGAUAGUUUGUAAAAAGGGAGCUUUGUAAUGAUCAUUGAGUUAUCAGUAGUGUAUAUAUAUA